AUGAAUCACUACGAUCCCAACACUUCCCUUAACCUAAGCUUAUCAUCUGGUCAGGAAAGACAGAUGAUAAACCUAGGCCUAGGGUUGCCGGACUGGUCGAACCCGCUGCGGGUGUUCUCGUGCAACUACUGCAGGAGGAAGUUCCACAGCUCACAAGCUCUUGGAGGGCAUCAGAAUGCCCACAAAUUGGAGAGAACCCUAGCCAAGAAGAGCCGAGAGUUUAGCUCCGCGGUCCGGUCGCACUCUGGUCCGACCCGCGAGGAUCAGAAUGUUCGUAUUUGUGGUCGUGGUCGCGAUCAGGAUGAAUUUAGCCAGCUCGAUUUGUCUUUGAGGCUUUGA